GGGCCGAACCUGCACGAAGACACCGAGCCGAAUCGAGGCCCAGAGUCCCGAAGCCCGGAAGGUCGAAGCUACCCGAAGUGAAGAACCGAGUCAGUCCGAAUGGGUCCGGAACCGGACGAGGGCUUCCGAGCUGACCGACCCCGGCCCGCUUCACUGCCUAGGAGAAUGAGCCAGAUGUCGUCCCUGCCCCACUGAGCUGGCCGGCUCUGGACAGACUCUCGCCGACCCCCAACUCAGUACAGCUCUUCAGAGAGGGCCUUGCGCCGCAGGUUUCAUCUGCCCCUACCACCAGCAAGAGCCGAGUCAGCCCGAGGCCGAGCCGAGCUGAGCCGAAUGUGCCCGAGCCUUGGUUCUCCGCCUCCUCCUGUCCGAAAGUGCCCGAGCGCCGCCGGACGGCGAAAUCGCUCCUCGGCCGCGGCCGAAACGCUGCGCGGUCGGGUCCCUUCGGCAGAAGAGGCGUAAAUGGCCGAAGGGGCGCGAGCGCGCGGGCAGAGAGGCUGCCGGGAUCGCGGCGGACCGGCGGGCGGGGCUGGGAAGAUGGCGGCCGCGAGGCGAGGGAGAGGCUCCGCCACAGUGCUCUCUUCGGUUCCUCUUCAAAUGCUGUUUUAUCUCAGUGGAAUGUACUACGCCCUUUACUUCCUGGCUACACUCCUGAUGAUUGUAUAUAAAAGCCAGGUAUUCAGCUACCCUUCUGCCUACCUGGCUCUCGACCUGACCCUGCUGUUUGUGAUGGGGAUUUUGGAAGGAAUUCGGUUAUACUUGGGUACCAAGGGAAACCUGACAGAGGCCGAGGGUCCGCUGGCCGCCAGCCUGGCUCUCACUAUGAGCACUGCCCUCCUCUCUGCCUACUUCCUGCUCUGGCAGACCCUGGUGCUAUGGGUAGACUUGGCUCUCAGCGCUGUGCUCCUGGUGCUCCACAGCUUGGAGGCCAUGCUGCAGGUGAUCGCCAUUGCUGCCUUUGUCAGAUAGACUCAGGCUCCAGGGACAACCCUGCAGGAGACCUCCAGCUGUCAUCGCCUCUCUGUGCCCCUCCCCCCUUGCUGAAUGAGCAGGGUAUUUUCCCUACUGAUAGGUCAUUUUGGUAAGUUCACGUAUGGAUUUUGUCAGGGGUAGGGGGCAGGAAUCAGAGCAGAACAAGCUGCUAGGGGCCCACAUGUCAGGAGUAGAAGCAGAGAGGGCUCAGGGGUUGUCUUGGACAGCUGCCAAGGCGAACCCAGGAUACCUGCCAGACAGGGGUCUGCUUUCAGCAGCUGGGACAUCACUGGCCCCAAGGCCAAGAGGGAGUAUAGAGACCUUCAGAAAGGGCUUCCAGGGCCUUCUCUUUGCUACUCUGAGAAGAUAGUUUGCUCUAAGGCCAGGCCCCAUGUGGGAUUUCCCCAGAGGGGCUGCAGCUCUGGCCUGGGUGGAACCUGGCCGCCUAGUUUCCAAAAGAAAAUAAGUGGGCCAGGUGCAGUGGCUCACCCCCGUAAUCCUAGUACUCUGAGAGGCCAAG